AGGUUUUAUCUCUGUUAUACUUGAAUCUUUAAAAGUCUGUUUUCUUCUUCCCUCGUAUCAUGUCUGUUUUCUUGGUUUGUUUUGUUUUAAUGUGAUAUUUAAUAGAUAAACGAAUUUUUUUUAAAAAAAUCGAUUAUCAAUUUUACAAUAUUCUACUCAUAAAAACAGUAAACUUUUUUGGAAAUACUUUAAUCUUUUGUAAUGUGUAUGGUACCUUAAAAUUUUAAAUGGAUUUAACAAGUAUAAGGUACAAUCUGAAUUGCAGUUGGGAAGUGCCUGAUAAAUGUCAAUUAAAGGAUGUAAUAACUUUCGGCGACGCUGACGAUCCGUUAGAAAGAAGCCGAUACGAAGAUGAGAUUGAACACACAAUAAACGAGGAACAGUUUUUGAAAUUGAGCAAAUCGGAUGGGAACGAGAACUGUAUGUUGUCUAUUACUUUAGAAGAUCCUUGUCUAAAAAUAGUCAAAUUAUCAAUUGUCUGCGAGGCACGCAUGGUAGAAUUGUAUGGCAAAUUUGGUGAAUAUGUUGGUACAGAAAUUUGCACACUGCUGGAUUCCUCUUUGAACAUAAGUUUUUAUAAUGUUCAACCGAAUAUCUACCCCUCAAAAGAAGUAUCCAUCAAAUUUUUGGGCAUAAAAAAUUCAGUAUGGAUUUACGGUGUCAAGCUCCUGUUGAGGUAUGAACAACCUACACAACCUUCUUUUUUUGAUUUUAACAACGUUGAGGAGAUUCUUAAAUGUUCGAAAAUACCAAUUUCUGAUAAGGCCGAACGGGCGAAAAGGUUUCUUCAACAUUUCACUAACGGUCUUACCAAUCGUACAAAGAUCGAUCACCAAGUUUUAAUAAAGAUGUUGGAGGACAAUUACUUAAACCAAUUCACGACUGUUGGUGAAAUGGGCAAGAAUAUGACUAAAUAUUUUUCAAACUUGAUGCCGGGAUCAACUGAUGAUAACGGAGAUAAUAACAAAAGUCUUAAUGAGUUGAAACUCUAUGUUGACAAAAGCAUUCAGCAGUUGGAAGAGAGAGUGUAUCAGACAAUAAACCAGCAGUUUAAAGAUUUUGAAACAAAACAAAAUAAAAAGUUAGAUACCAUUAUACAACUUUUACAAAAAAGUUGAUAAAUUAUAAUCUUCAUCAACAAAUUUGACCAAAUAAUGUGUAAAUAAAACAUACACAAAUUAUUACAACACAUAUUUCAAAUAUGUUCAUGUUCCAUAUUACUGUAAUAUCUUUGGUUAUAAUUUAGUAUGACUGUAAAUAAAUUCUAUAAAAACAGCUUUGGCUGAGGGCAUAAGUGAUUUGUAUUCUGUGUUAAAUUGUUUCUACAUGAGUUUGAAUUAUUCCUGCUUGUCAGAUUAAUGUAAUUGUCUAAGUACAUCUUAAAAGUGUUGAUUUCUUCUAAUAACAAUAACAUAUUAAUAACACACUUGGCAUUAUUUAUAAAUAAACUACAGGAAAGCUUUAAUUAAAACAACUAACUAGAGGUUAAGCAGGUCAUUGGUGGCCUCAACAGUUUAGGCAUUGUCACAGUGCUUGUAACAUACUUGCAAACGGGCAUUUUUUCAAAAACACCGGCACCCUGAGGUUUUAUUCAACCUUGUAAAAAGAAAAAAAGGGUUAAAUCUUGAAUAAAUUAGAUUGUUUUUUGUGUGAUUUGCGUCACAUUCUGUGGUUGUCAAAAUUCUGAAAUAAGUCUGACCAGUCAAGGAGAUCAAACCAGCAGCUUCAUUUCACAGAUAUCAACACAAUUUCAAGAUUAGUUUGAGAACAAACAAUAAAUAAAUUUUUUAUUUACUUAUUUUUUAAUAAAUUAGAAUUUUUGCCUUGUACAAGUAUAAUUUUCCUGGGUGCUUAGAUAUAACUACAAAAUGUAAACUAAUCUCUAAACUGUAUUUUAAAUUGUAAGUAAUUAAAUUUAGUCUAUUUAAAGAAAUUUGUCAUGUGUGAGAACUUUCAGAAUGAUGCUCAAUUUAAGUUUAAUAAAUCUUAUGUCCUACAUUUUUCAUAUUACACAUA